CAUUUCUCUUUGCCAUCGGUGACUAGGUUGCAUCAUUUUCUGCCCGAGAUUGCUGUGCGUGAUCCACUUAGCCGGGAGCGCCAGCCCGCUUCCAGCGCCUCUCCUGGCCCUCUCCACACCUGUUCCUGCGCCCGGCCCGGCUGUCUCCCGAGGGAUGGCUCCCAGAACCAGACACAACUAGUGGAUUGCGCCAGCUCCGCCUGAGCCAUUCAUUGAGAGUUCAGUCUUUCACUAGAGCCCAAGUCCCUCACCUUCUCCAGCUCCGAGCUGCGGGCAACGCCAUGGAGAAGAGCAGUGAAACCAACGGCUACCUAGACAGCGCCCAGGCUGGGCCUGCAGCGGGGCCUGGAGCGCCCCGGCCCACCGAAGGACGCGCGCGGCGCUGCCUCGGCUUUCUCCGGCACCAUGCGCUGGUGCUGCUCACCGUGUCUGGGGUGGUGGCGGGCGCCGGUCUCGGCGCGGCACUGCGCGGGCUGGGGCUUAGCCGCACGCAGGUCACCUAUCUGGCCUUCCCCGGGGAGAUGCUGCUCCGCAUGCUGCGCAUGAUCAUCCUGCCCCUGGUGGUCUGCAGUCUGGUGUCGGGCGCCGCCUCUCUGGACGCCAGCUCUCUUGGGCGCCUGGGCGGCAUCGCCAUCGCCUACUUCGGCCUCACCACUCUCGGCGCGUCUGCGCUCGCCGUCGCUUUGGCGUUCAUCAUCAAGCCUGGGUCUGGCGCGGAGACCCUUAAGUCCAGCGACCUUGGGCUGGAGGAUUCGGGCUCCCCUCCGGUCCCCAAAGAGACAGUGGAUUCCUUCCUCGACCUGGCCAGAAACCUGUUUCCCUCAAAUCUUGUGGUUGCAACUUUUAAAACGUAUGCAACUGAUUAUAAAAUGGACCCCCACAACGUGAGCAAUGGAAACAUAACCCUUGAGAAGAUCCCAUUUGGCACCGAGAUCGAAGGGAUGAACAUUCUGGGAUUGGUCCUUUUUGCCCUCGUGUUAGGAGUGGCCCUAAAGAAACUAGGCUCUGAAGGAGAAGAGCUCAUCCGUUUCUUCAAUGCCUUCAACGAGGCGACGAUGGUGCUGGUGUCGUGGAUUAUGUGGUAUGUUCCUGUGGGGAUCAUGUUCCUGGUUGGAAGCAAGAUUGUGGAAAUGAAGGACAUCGUCGUGCUGGUGACCAGCCUUGGGAAAUAUAUCUUGACGUCUAUGUUGGGCCAUGUUAUUCAUGGAGGAAUUGUUCUGCCGCUUAUUUACUUUGUUUUCACACGAAAAAACCCAUUCAAGUUCCUCUUGGGCCUCCUCACACCAUUUGCGACAGCAUUUGCCACCUGCUCCAGCUCAGCAACCCUUCCCUCCAUGAUGAAGUGUAUCGAAGAGAACAACGGUGUAGACAAGCGGAUCAGCAGGUUCAUUCUCCCCAUCGGAGCCACCGUGAACAUGGACGGCGCAGCCAUCUUCCAGUGCGUGGCCACCGUGUUCAUCGCCCAGCUCAACAACAUCGAGCUGAAGGCAGGGCAGAUCUUCACGAUUCUAGUGACAGCCACGGCGUCCAGUGUUGGAGCGGCAGGCGUGCCGGCCGGAGGGGUCCUCACCAUCGCCAUUAUCCUGGAGGCCAUUGGGCUGCCCACUCGUGAUCUCUCUCUGAUCCUGGCUGUGGACUGGAUUGUGGACCGGACCACCACCGUGGUGAAUGUGGAGGGGGACGCCCUGGGUGCGGGCAUUCUCCACCACCUGAAUCAGAAGGCGAUGAAGAAAGGGGCGCAGGAACUGAGCGAGGUGAAAGUGGAAGCCAUCCCCAACUGCAAGUCAGAGGAGGAGACGUCACCGCUGGUGACACACCAGAACCCGGCGGGCGGCCCUGCUGCCAGCGCCGUGGAACUGGAAUCCAAGGAGUCGGUUCUGUGAUGGGGCUGGGCUUCCAGCUUGCCUGCCAUCGGUCGUGCCCACCCUGUCAGUCCAGCCACCGGACACCGGGCGCCGCCCACCGCCCUCACCGACUUUAGCCUCCGGGCAAUGCGUUGGCCCAAUCACCGGUUUGAGGAUCACUUCUCAGCACAGGCAGUGGGCUUCCCAGCCAGAACUGGUUCCUGGGGACUAGGACACUGACAUUCAGCUUGAUCCCCGUCUAGAUGCAACCAUGUGCGCGCACCAGGGUCCGUCUGAAACACGCCAUCGAGCUGCCAGGCUCGGGGAAACAACAGGCUCAGUCAAAGCUUGGGAACAUGCAGAUGUGCCCUUCACUGCACCCAGUCACCGCGGUGGGUGCUUUCUAGGCAAACUUAGGGGGUUUGCAGUCAUCGGUCACAUUGCCUUGCGAGCCUUAGUGAUUGGAUAAUUCCCAAAUUCUUCGCCUUGAAUGGAAUUCGCUGAGCUGGGACUCUGGGUGUUAGAGUUUGUGCUUACAAUUAGGUACAGCUGGCUUCUGGUUCAAGGGUUGUUGGUGGACUGGCGGUGCUGCACAUUGUCAAGUUAGAAAUACUCCAGAUGGUGGUAGGGCUGCUGGCUUCUCUGGUCAGAGGCAUUGAGUAAACUGUAAGUGCUGAGAUCAAAGAAAGGAGCAGGGAUGCAGCCUGCAGGGGAAAGGGAAGCAUCUUAACCAGACAGGAUGCACACACACACACACACAUUCUCAUUCUCCUCCCAGCCCUGGGGAAGUUUGCAGCUUUGUGACCUGGGCCUCUGACAACACUAUAGCUUCCUCGCCAUCCACUCUGCUGCAGGAUCCUGGUUGGUUUCUCAAUCUACUAUUUUUUGUUGUUGUUAAUCCUCCUGAGGGUCUAUCCCCCUCCCCCUCCCCCCCGCACCCCACUGAUUUUUUAGAGAGAGUGGAAGGGAGGGGGGGAGACAGAGACACAUCAAUUGGUUGCCUCCCACACACACCCCAACCAGGGCCAGGGGUCAAGCCUGCAACUGAGGUACGUGCCCUUGACCGGAAUCAAACCCAGGCCCUUUCGGUCUAUGGGCUGACAUUCUUACCACUGAGCCAAAACGGCCAGAGAUUUAUUUUUAUUUUUAUUUUUUUUACCUAAGUGAUACCUCUCUCCAAAGCCCUUGGUCUCCUGGUGAAGACACCAUUUAUGAGUGGGGCUUUGCUUUCUGUGCAUUAGCCACUUCCUCACACCGCUCGUUCUCUGUGUACCUCCUCCGCAGCAUCAGAGGCAGCCUCUCCUAGGUCCCCCAAGAUUUCAUGAACCAGCCAUCGCCCCUGCCAUUGCAUUUCCAGGUACCGGCUUCCCUGUGACUGCCAGGCCCAGGCCCCGUUUCUGCCACCCCUCCGCAGCCCGUCAAAGCCCCCAGACUUUCACCCUCAGCCAUUCCCUUGCUUUCCCUGUUGCUGUGGUUUCGCUGUCACCCAGGCCCUGCAGGAGGGAAACACGCCUUUGCAAUGUGUGUUCCAUUGCGAUGAGUCUGGGUGGAUGGUACAGAGAUGGCCAGACUCCUCUGUUAUAAAAUCAGAGGCCUGAGCCUAAGUCAAAGGGGUGAGGAGGAGCCAUGAUGCACAGAGCUGACCCAGCUCCCUGAAACCUUUAAACCAGUGAAGCCACGCCCCUUUCCUGUGAUGCCUGGAGUGGCUAGGAACUGAGCUGAGGUGUGUCAAAACCUUUUUUUUUUUUUUUUAAAUAGAUUUUAUUGAUUUUUUACAGAGAGGAAGGAAGAGGGAUAGGGAGUUAGCAACAUCGAUGAGAGAGAAACAUCGAUCAGCUGCCUCCUGCACACUCCCCACUGGGGAUCGAGCCUGCAACCAAGGUACAUGCCCUUGGAAUCGAACCCGGGACCCUUGAGUCCGCAGGCCGACACUCUAUCCACUGAGCCAAACCGGUCAGGGCUAUCUCAAAACCUUUACCCCCUGGCUAGAGCUUGCUGAUACCCUUCUGUUUUCAGAGGGGGAGACAAUCACAUUGAUUACAAACUGCAAAUGGACAUUCGCUGCUUCUAAGGCUUUAGCAUAUUUCGUCUUUCCCUCUUCCACAGAUUUAUGGUUGUAUGUGCACACACAUAUGUAUGUGUGUGUGUGUGUUGUUUGAGCUCCAAUCCAAGCAAGUUUGAGUGUGGAUAGAGGUGACCUAACUGCAAGCUGAAUGGCUCUGGCAUCCUGAUUUUCCUGUUUCUAACGGUGAAUUUCACAAAACGAGGACGUUAGAGCUGCGCAGUGAGACCCGGUGACUGCACGUUGUCUGUGCUGUGCCUGGAAACGCAGCACAGAGAGCGCGAGCUCGGCCUGAAGCAGGUUCUUCCCGAUAGUGAUCACCCCCUCCCCUGGGAGGGGGUAGGUGCUGUUUUUCUGUCUGUUUCUCCGUGCACAAGAGCAAUCAGACCAGGAGUGACCUGGCUGGGAAAAGUCCCACUUUCUCAUUGUCUGAAGAUGUCUCCCCCACGAUUCUCUUGUAACUCGUCGUAAAUACUGUUCCAGUACCGUUCAUCUCUGUUUUGUAUGUGUGACAUUUGCCUUAAACAUAGCAGUCUUCAACAAUGAAUACAGUGUUUCUACGA